CUCAAUAUGCGCGGUGCAUUCUGGGUCCACCUCAAGAUGGCGGCGCCCUUGCGCAAGUGUUGAGAAACAGUGUCGGCUGAAAGUCUGAUUAAAAUUAGCCACAGUUCUACAGUGUUGAUCCAUCAUCAAAAACAACAGAAAGUGCACGGAAAGAGACCGUCGAAUUAAAGUAUCGAGCGCCUGCCGUGGCUCACGCAGAGUGUGUGUUUAAGGAUGAUCAUGGGCCACUGCGCCUGACCCAGAACCAAACGGAGAGCCAUCGCAGAUCCCCCUGCAAACACCCCUUGAUCCAGCGCCUUCAGAUCCUCUACAGGCUUGGACGCUGCCGUUUAAGCUGCUGACGGGAGUGAUCUGUGUGAUCGUCCGCGGACGCAGCGGAUCUCCAGCUCAAGCUUUGGAGAACUCUGCUGAUCAGAGAUUCGUUAUGAAAAUGGAUGCUGAGCUGCUUCACUCCCCUGUGGUUGGUCUGCCCGAGGAGGAGGAGGUGGACAUGACUGACUGGAACCUUCCACUGGCCUUCAUGAAGAAACGCCACACAGAGAAAAUUGAGGGAUCCAAAGCUUUGGCUCAGAGCUGGAGAAUGAAAGACAGGAUGAAAACAGUGAGUGUGGCUCUAGUUUUAUGUCUCAAUGUUGGUGUGGACCCUCCUGAUGUAGUCAAGACUUCACCCUGCGCCAGACUAGAGUGCUGGAUAGACCCUCUGUCCAUGAGUCCACAGAAAGCCCUGGAGACGAUAGGGACCAAUCUACAGAAACAGUAUGAAAACUGGCAGCCUAGGCCAAUGGAGUCAUCGUCACUGGGAAAUUCAAUCAAUGAGCUGCAAACCACAUGCUCAUGUGAAUCGCCUGCCCGCUAUAAGCAGAGUUUGGAUCCUACAGUUGACGAGGUGAAGAAAUUGUGUACUUCACUGCGGAGAAAUGCCAAGGAGGAACGUGUUCUCUUUCAUUAUAAUGGCCAUGGAGUGCCUCGACCCACUGUCAAUGGAGAGAUCUGGGUCUUCAACAAGAACUACACACAGUACAUCCCACUCUCCAUCUACGACCUACAGACGUGGAUGGGAAGUCCCUCCAUCUUCGUGUAUGACUGCUCGAAUGCAGGGAUCAUUGUCAAGUCAUUCAAACAGUUUGCAUUGCAGAGGGAGCAGGAGCUGGAGGUGGCAGCAAUAAACCCUAACCACCCACUGGCUCAGAUGCCCCUGCCUCCCUCCAUGAAGAACUGCAUUCAACUGGCCGCCUGUGAGGCCAAUGAACUCCUACCCAUGAACCCUGACCUCCCUGCUGACCUUUUCACCUCCUGUCUCACUACACCAAUCAAAAUUGCCCUACGGUGGUUCUGUAUGCAGAAGAGUGCAAAGCUGGUGCCAGGAGUGACCUUGGACCUAAUUGAGAAGAUCCCGGGCAGGCUGAAUGACAGAAGGACACCAUUAGGGGAGCUCAACUGGAUUUUCACAGCUAUCACUGACACAAUUGCAUGGAACGUCCUGCCGAGAGAUCUCUUUCAGAAAUUGUUUCGUCAAGAUCUUUUGGUGGCCAGUCUAUUUCGAAAUUUCUUAUUGGCUGAGAGAAUAAUGAGGUCUUAUAACUGUACACCAGUCAGCAGCCCCAGGUUGCCACCUACAUACAUGCACGCUAUGUGGCAAGCGUGGGACCUCGCGGUGGACAUCUGCCUCUCCCAGCUUCCCACCAUCAUCGAGGAGGGCACAGCUUUCAGGCAUAGUCCAUUCUUUGCUGAGCAGCUGACAGCCUUUCAGGUGUGGCUGACAAUGGGCGUGGAGAACAGAAACCCUCCGGAGCAGCUGCCCAUCGUCCUGCAGGUCCUCUUAAGCCAGGUACACCGACUGAGGGCACUGGAUUUGUUGGGGCGAUUUCUGGACCUGGGCCCUUGGGCUGUCAGUUUGGCUCUUUCAGUGGGGAUUUUUCCGUAUGUGUUGAAACUGUUGCAGAGUUCAGCAAGAGAGCUCAGGCCUCUUUUGGUCUUCAUAUGGGCAAAGAUCUUGGCUGUAGAUAGUUCAUGCCAAGCUGAUCUUGUAAAAGACAAUGGACACAAGUACUUCCUGUCAGUACUGGCUGACUCGUACAUGCCCGCUGAGCAUCGAACCAUGGCAGUCUUCAUCCUUGCUGUCAUUGUCAACAACUACAACACAGGACAGGAGGCAUGUCUGCAGGGUAACCUGAUUGCAAUCUGUCUGGAGCAGCUCAUUGACCCUCAUCCUCUUCUGAGGCAGUGGGUGGCAAUCUGUUUGGGCCGAAUCUGGCAGAAUUUUGAUUCUGCACGUUGGUGUGGAGUUCGAGAUAGUGCCCAUGAGAAGCUCUACAGUCUCCUGUCUGAUCCUAUACCAGAGGUGCGGUGUGCAGCUGUGUUUGCGUUGGGUACAUUUGUGGGGAAUUCUGCUGAGAGAACCGAUCAUUCUACCACCAUUGAUCAUAAUGUGGCCAUGAUGCUAGCACAACUCAUUAAUGAUGGAAGUCCCAUUGUGAGAAAGGAGCUGGUCAUUGCUCUUAGUCACCUAGUCGAACAGUAUGAGAGUAAUUUCUGUACUGUGGCUCUGCAGUUCAUGGAGGAAGAGAAAAACUAUGCUGUACCCUCUCCUGCAAAUUCCACAGAGACAGGAAAUGUUACCCCGGGUAGGGACAGUCCUGCCAUCCCUCGUUUACGAUCAGUGAACUCCUAUACAAACCUAAGAGCUGCCACCACUGCUCGAACCCUCAAUAAGAGUCUUCAGAACCUCAAUCUCAAUGAGGAGGGUGGACCGGCAGCAUUCUCUCCAGGGAACCUGAGCACCAGCAGCAGUGCCAGCAGUACUUUGGGCAGCCCUGAUAAUGAUGAAUACCUUCUCUCCUUUGAAACCAUCGACAAGAUGAGGAGAGUCAGCUCGUACUCUUCCUUGAAUUCUCUCAUUGGAGUGUCUUUUAACAGUGUAUAUACUCAGAUUUGGAGGGUGCUACUGCAUCUUGCAGCUGAUCCAUUUCCAGAUGUCUCUGAUCUGGCCAUGAGGGUUCUCAACAGCAUCGCAUACAAGGCCACCAUGAACGCUCGUACACAGAGGAUUCUGGACUCAGGAUCUCUGACCCAAUCAGCACCUGCCAGCCCCACUAGCAAAGGAACACUCAUACAUCAAGCAGGUGCUUCCCACAGAUCCAAAUGCUCUUCAUCUCCCUUCAGCGGAUCUCCACCUAUGCCUGGUGCCUCCAGCUCCAGCCUCACCAAUGAAGUGCCCAAACCGCCGGUCCGAGAGGGGCCGCCCUCUCGUCCACCAUACACACCAACGCUGGGUGGUCAGGCGCCCCACUCACAGCAGUUCCCACGCACCAGGAAAAUGUUUGACAAGGGCCCUGAUCAGACUGCUGAGGAUGGAGAUGAGGCCGCCGCUCACAGGAGCUUCAUCAGUGUGAGUCUGCAGACGGGUCUUUGUGACUGGAGUGCCAAAUACUUUGCUCAGCCCGUCAUGAAGAUUCCAGAGGAGCAUGAUUUGGAGAGUCAGGUUCGUAAGGAGAGAGAAUGGAGAUUCUUACGCAACGCACGAAUACGCAGACAAAGCCAACGCAUCACUCAAAGAGGAGUGACACGGUUAGAUGAUCAGAUCUUCAUUAACAGAAACCCAGGUGUUCCAUCAGUGGUGAAGUUUCAUCCAUUUAACCCCUGCAUCGCUGUAGCUGAUAAAGACUCAAUCUGUUUUUGGGACUGGGAGAAAGGAGAGAGGUUGGAUUAUUUCUACAAUGGGAACCCACGAUACACACGCAUUACAGCUAUGGAGUACCUUAAUGGGCAUGACUGCUCUCUCCUCCUCACUGCCACUGAUGAUGGAGCUUUGCGAAUUUGGAAGAACUUUGCUGACCAGAGGAAUCCAGAGAUGGUCACAGCAUGGCAGGGGCUGUCCGACAUGCUGCCCACUACACGAGGUUUGACCCGACGGGUCUCAAUCUAUCUUGACAGAAGUAAGCAGGGAGGUGCAGGUAUGGUGGUGGACUGGGAGCAGGAGACUGGCCUCUUGAUGACGUCAGGUGAUGUUCGAGUCAUACGGAUCUGGGACACAGAAAGGGAAAUGAAAGUGCAGGACAUACCAACAGGAGCAGACAGCUGUGUGACCAGCCUGUCAUGUGAUCCUCAGCGGUCACUGGUAGCUGCAGGUCUUGGAGACGGAUCGGUUCGAGUGUACGACCGCAGAAUGGGACCUAACGAAUGUCGUGUGAUGACUUAUAGGGAACACGGUGCUUGGGUGGUGAAGGCACAUCUGCAGAAGGAGCCUGAGGGACACAUUAUCAGUGUCAGUGUUAAUGGAGAUGUGCGGUUCUUUGACCCACGGACACCAGAAUCAAUUAACAUCUUGCAGACAGUGAAAGGACUGACGGCUCUGGACAUCCAUCCACAGGCAAACUUGUUCGCUUGUGGCUCUAUGAAUCAGUUUAUAGCUGUGUAUAACUCCAAUGGGGAUGUGAUCAGCAACAUUAAAUACUAUGAUGGUUUCAUGGGGCAGAGAAUUGGAGCCAUCAGCUGCCUGGCCUUCCACCCUUACUGGCCUCAUCUUGCCGUGGGCAGUAAUGACUACUACAUGUCCAUCUACUCAGCAGAGAAGAGACUCAGAUAACAUCAUGACUGCUCACCUUUGACCCCUGCUGCCCCCCUUGGAUGUAAAUGACUUCCUGUAAAUAUGCAACAACCACAAUGAAUGUCUAAAGAAGGCUGCUCAACCCACACAUGAUGACUAUAUUAAAACCAUUAUUAUUAUUAUUCUCAACAUAAUUCUCAUUAUGGAUUUAUUGAUUGUAGACUAGGCUGUGUAGAGGAGUGUGUACUAUUUAAAUUGCAUAUAAAGAUCUAAAAACAAAUCUUUAUGGUUUGGCCAAUGCUAGCCAACUUUUUCUUGGAACUGAUAACCUCCUGCAGAGUCAGAGAGGUUGAAGACAAGAGACUAGGAAAUGACGAACUUCCCUAAGGCUGACUGUGGAAGGCCUAUUGUUCAGUGGGUUCUCUGUGAAGCCCCGUGCCUCGUCAUAUCUCUGCUGAAGUACAGUGAGAUGUGCUCUUCUGAAAAACUCUGUCAAUCUUGCUGUAGAUCCAUAGUUUUUAAGUGUGCAGGCGGGCAAUUAGUGUGAAGAAAUAGCCAACAGAUGUGGUGUUCUUACUCACCAAUCACAACCUCCCUCACACAUCCAUGCUUAACAUGUUCACACACACACUAUGCCAAACCCUCUCUGCAUCAAAACACAACAAUUUAUUGUAGUUUUAUGCCUCAACAUCACAUAGAACUCUGAUCUCAAAGCACUGGACACGGAUAACAGGGCCUGCUGUUCAUUUGCAUCCACACUAAGAACUGUGGAGCCUGGGAGAAACACAAGGUUCUUAAAGAUAAGCUCAAAUAAUCAGGAUAAAGAUUUGUAUAGAUUUCACAACAGAAAUGUAAAGAUAAGAGAGAGUGAGUUUGCCAUCUAUUUUUGCCUGGGCAGUACAAUAACCUCAAGUUUUCCACGGUUGUUUUUUUUUUUUUCUUUACAUCUUGUUUUGCAUUCAGGAGUCAUAUGUAAUAGUUUUUCUCUCUUUACACACAUAGCCCACUAAAACUGUGCCAGAGCCUCUGUUUUAGUUAGUUAAAAGAAAUAUCUGUUCUCCAUGCUGGAAAUGCCACAUUACCUACUUUAGCAGCGCCAAAGCUUUUGUUCUCUUGAGCUAGUGGUCAUCAUCUUCAUCAUCAUCACAUUUCGUGUUUUACAGAGGUUUCAUCAGUGUCCCACAACCGUGCACAAUUUUGAUUUGUUUACUCAAGAAUGAAAAUGAAAGUGUUUACUAAAAGCCUGAAGGGGUAGUUCACCCAAACAUGAGCAUU